GCCGGCGGGCCCGGGGAGCGAGGGGGCCGUGCUCGGGCGCUCGGCGCAGGCAGCGCCCCGGCCGGCCGCGCCUCCGCCGGGGGGCGGCCCCGCGCCGCCGCCGGGCCUCGCCGCCAUCUUGGCCGCUGUCCCGGGAGCGGGACGGGCCGUGCCGGGCCGGGGGAGAAAAUGAUCCACAGCCUGUUUCUUAUAAACUGUUCUGGUGAUAUCUUCUUGGAGAAGCACUGGAAGAGUGUUGUGAGCCAAUCUGUCUGCGAUUAUUUCUUUGAAGCUCAGGAGAAAGCAAUUGAUGUUGAGAAUGUGCCUCCUGUCAUCUCAACUCCACAUCACUACCUCAUCAGCAUCUAUCGGGAUAAAAUCUUCUUUGUGUCUGUCAUACAGACAGAAGUGCCACCACUCUUUGUAAUUGAAUUUCUGCACCGAGUAGCAGAUACUUUCCAGGAUUACUUUGGCGAAUGUUCUGAGACGGCAAUUAAGGACAAUGUAGUAAUUGUGUAUGAACUUCUAGAAGAAAUGCUAGACAAUGGCUUUCCAUUGGCAACAGAAUCUAACAUACUGAAGGAGCUGAUUAAGCCUCCCACAAUUUUGCGCUCUGUUGUCAACUCCAUCACAGGCAGUAGUAAUGUGGGAGACACGCUUCCCACUGGACAGUUAUCCAACAUUCCUUGGCGCAGAGCGGGAGUAAAAUACACAAACAAUGAAGCCUAUUUUGAUGUCAUUGAAGAAAUUGAUGCAAUUAUAGACAAAUCAGGUUCCACUGUCUUUGCAGAAAUCCAAGGUGUUAUUGAUUCGUGUAUUAAGCUCUCAGGAAUGCCAGAUCUUUCUCUGUCUUUCAUGAACCCACGGCUGCUGGAUGACGUCAGCUUCCAUCCAUGUAUUCGGUUCAAGCGCUGGGAGUCCGAGCGAGUCCUGUCCUUUAUUCCUCCCGAUGGCAAUUUCAGACUCAUCUCCUACCGUGUCAGCUCCCAGAACUUGGUGGCAAUUCCUGUAUAUGUGAAGCACAUGAUCAGUUUUAAGGAAAAUACUUCUUCAGGAAGAUUUGAUGUUACCAUUGGACCAAAACAGAAUAUGGGGAAAACAGUAGAAGGAGUAGUCAUGACAGUUCACAUGCCAAAGGCUGUACUUAACAUGAACCUCACUGCUACACAAGGCAGCUAUACAUUUGACCCAGUUACUAAAGUGCUAACAUGGGAUGUGGGCAAAAUCACCCCUCAAAAGCUACCAAACCUGAAGGGCAUAGUGAACCUGCAGUCUGGAGCCCCCAAGCCAGAGGAGAACCCAAGUUUAAACAUCCAGUUUAAGAUACAACAGCUUGCAAUUUCAGGACUGAAAGUGAAUCGCCUAGACAUGUAUGGGGAAAAAUACAAGCCUUUUAAAGGUGUCAAAUACAUUACAAAAGCAGGAAAAUUCCAAGUCAGGACUUGAGAAGAUGCUAAGAGGAAAUUCCCCUUAAAAAUCUUGACUGCUUAGUGACUUAUGUUGGUUAGGUGCCAAUUAAUUAAUAGACACUGAUUAGUUCGGGAUCAAAUCAUUUGUGCACAGCAGCUCUUAAAAUGAAAGCAUAGCUUUGUUUUUCUUAAUAUGGCUUUAAAAUAAGGUACUUUUUUUCUAUUACACUUUCACUCUUUUUUUACUGAAUUGUUGUGCUGGUGAAUAGUUUGAUAUGGGCAACCCACAGAUACACUGCCAGUCAGAUACCAAAGCCCUGAGGUCAAGCACAUUCUGAAGGCCAGACAGGCCACUGGAAAAGACUUCCGGUGGCAUGUUUUCCUGCUGCAGCCACCUGCAAAGAAAGCUCAGCUCCACCCACAGCCAGCUGCAAGCUGGCAUUCCACAAAGCAACACGUAAUCCCUUCAGAAACAGAGAGCAGCAGUGAGAGGGGCAGGGGUCCCCCCCAGGGCCUGGGACAUUGCAAGUGUCACUCCUGAAAAAGCUUCUGAUGAAGUAAAAAAUAAUUUCUGUGUUGUUUACAAGAAAUCGCCUUUCUUAAGAAGCAUUUGCCUUAAUCAGCUUUCAUUUCUGCCAUCUGCAGAUGAGCUGAUAAAAAUAACAUCCUGCAUUAAAUCUUGGAGGUGAUUGUUGCUUCAGUAAUCCACUUUCUUUCCAUUCAAUUACAUCAUCCCCAUCAUUUUUUUUAAGAAUACAGUUGCAGAGAGUAAGAUCUAUUUUUUAUGUGAAGCCUUUGCUUUGAUUUAGAUGUUCCACUUGUUUGAAGUGGAUGCCAUCAGGUCUGUGCAGUGUGUACUUUUGAGCGUAGCUUUUUAGAUAGCACAGUAGAAGUGUCAAGUGUAUUUAAUGGUUGUGUGCUUUAAUGUUCUGAAAUAAAGGGAACUCCACUGCAAAUAUGUCUCACCUUAUGGAACGUUCAUGCUCUUGUAAACGAUUCAUGGGGCUCUUAAGCAGGAGGCAUCUGAUACACUAUUAAACAAUGACUGUUUGCUG